UUUCACAACGGCGGCAUUCGCUUUGAUCGUGUUCAUCGUAGUUUCUUCUAUAUUUGUCGCGAACUUGGCAAGCUUAAUCGGCAUGGAUAAGCAGCUUAGUAGCCGUUUGGAGGCGGCAUUGAAUGAGGGCCACAAUCAAGAGCACCGGCAACUCAGACUAGAUGACGGUCCGGGUCAUCUGAUGUGGUUCUUGCAGAUCUCGGACAUUCACAUCAGCAAGUAUCUGGAUCCAACGCGCGUGCCACACUUGGUGGAAUUUUGCAAUCGUACAGUGGAUAUCAUCCGCCCUAGGCCUGGAAUUCUGGCCUUCUGGCCACGUGUCGGAACGUCACAAUUCAAACUCAAAUUCAAAUUUAGAACGCCGUUGGACGUUACACAGAGCGUUACGCGAGCUAACACGUUCCACGUAACACGUAACACGUCCCACGAAACUUCGCAUUUUCUCCUAUAG